CGCGCGCGUUGAACCAUCAUCUUCCCGAGGGAGUUCGCGUCCCCACCCCCUUCCAGCUUAUCAUCAUCUCUCCCCGAGUCCCAGCACGAUCGUCCCCUUCCAGCUCCGCCACCAGAUCAAUCCACCCGACUCCCCCUCCAUGGACCUCCCCAAGCCGCCGUCCACGUCCGCCUCGUCGGCGGGGUCGGAGACGCCGAACCCGCACGCCUUCACCUGCGAGCUCCCGCACUCGAUCUACGCGCUCGCCUUCUCCCCCACCGCGCCCGUCCUCGCCUCCGGCAGCUUCCUCGAGGACCUCCACAACCGCGUCUCCCUCCUCUCCUUCGACCCCGUCCGCCCCUCCGCCGCCUCCUUCCGCGCGCUCCCCGCCCUCUCCUUCGACCACCCCUACCCGCCCACCAAGCUCCAGUUCAACCCCCGCGCCGCCGCGCCCUCCCUCCUCGCAUCCUCCGCCGACACGCUCCGCAUCUGGCACGCCCCGCUCGACGACCUCUCCGCCUCCGCACCGCCGCCCGAGCUCCGCUCCGUCCUCGACAACCGCAAGGCCUCCUCCGAGUUCUCCGCGCCCCUCACCUCCUUCGACUGGAAUGAGAUCGAGCCCCGCCGCAUCGGGACCGCCUCCAUCGACACCACCUGCACCGUCUGGGACAUCGACCGCGGCGUCGUCGAGACGCAGCUCAUCGCGCACGACAAGGCCGUGCACGACAUCGCCUGGGGCGAGGCCGGGGUCUUCGCCUCUGUUUCGGCCGACGGCUCCGUCCGCGUCUUCGACCUCCGGGACAAGGAGCACUCCACCAUCGUCUACGAGAGCCCACGCCCCGACACGCCGCUCCUCAGACUGGCGUGGAACCGAUUUGACCUCCGCUACAUGGCCGCGCUGCUUAUGGACAGCAACGCCGUCGUCGUGCUCGACAUACGCGCGCCCGGGGUGCCUGUGGCCGAGCUGCACCGGCACCGGGCUUGCGCCAACGCGGUCGCGUGGGCGCCGCAGGCCAGUAGGCAUCUCUGUUCGGCUGGGGACGACGGGCAGGCACUGAUCUGGGAGCUGCCCGAGACGGCGCCAGCGCCGGCACCGGCGGCGGCUGUGCCUGCAGAGGGUAUUGAUCCUGUGCUAGUGUACGAUGCAGGCGCCGAGAUAAACCAGCUUCAGUGGGCGGCCGCCCACCCAGACUGGAUGGCCAUCGCAUUUGAGAACAAGGUCCAGCUUCUCAGGGUCUGACAAGAAUUGUUCUGAUGAAAGCUCGAUUCGGUGGAGCCAUGGGACUUUCGAAAUCAUCAGCUUAUAUGCAUAUUGUGUUGGCGGACCUCUUGACGUAUAUGAUACGCCAUUAACACCAGAAGCAGCCAUUCUGCUAAGCUACGGCAACCAAAUAAUAGUAUCUUUUCUUGGCUGCCGCCUAUUUGGCCAGCAAGGAAUGAACUCGCUGUGUUAAACCUCAACAAAAGCUAUGUAUUAGUGGAUUUAUCUCUGAACUUCCUGUCGAUGUAGAAAUAUAGAGCUGCUAGCUUUGACGCAUUGCCGCACUGGUUCCUAAAUGGAUUAGAAAACCAUUCGCACAUUCUCAUCGUGUUGGCCUUGAAAAGAAAACCAUUCGCACAUUCU